AGAAAAUUGUACCAAAUGCCAAUUGACAUUGUCAAGAGUUAGCAACUAAUCCAACCCCUAUUCUCUUCCUCUUCGCAUUUCCUUUUUACUUCUGUCACUGAUGUCUUCGAUCUUUCUCGGUCUGUAGAAGCUUGCUUGCUAGGGUUACUAAUCUUCCCAAGUCGACUUUGCUUGUUUUUCAAUUAUUUCAUUCACCCAAUUCAUCCAAAAGAGAACAGACAAUACCCUCCAUGAUAUAAACCCUAAAGGCUUCACGUCUGUCAAAUCCAUCUUUCCAUACGUGAUUGAGCAUUGCAGGGUUCUCCAGGUUAGUACUUCCCUACGAUCACACAUGGAAAUCGAUUCGUCGUCUGUGAUCGAGUUCAUCAGAAAAGAAUCCCCAGAUUGGGACGACGAAGUGAUUGCCACGGCCCGGUUCAAGGCAUUUAGCGGGCAGAGAUCCGAUUGGGAACCUAAAUACCAGUUUUGGAGGGAAUUGAUUCUCAGAGUUGCCCGCCAUUUCGGCAUCUUCAUCAUUCAGCCUCGCCAGGUGAAAAAUGAGUGGUUCAAUCGAGGAGGAAUCACGCCUCUGUGCCUCGACCAUGUACUCUCCUUAAUGCAUAAUGAAGGCGAUAUAGUUCCGAUUGGGAGUCUCGUGGAUCCAAGGAGCUGGCGAGUAUCGCAGUUGUUUAGAAAAGUGAGGAAUGUGAUGGGCAGAACGACUCUUAAUGUGGAUAUAAUGCUCGAAGAUCGUGUCGUUAUUGUAGCAUUGGCCAAGGAUAGAGCUACAGAAGUUAUCAGUCUUUUAUCCGAAACCCAUUGGACAUCUGCGUGUAUCGUGACUAUGAAGAAGUUCCAAGAUAUGUGUGGUGGACCAAAUGAAGGCUCGGCUGUCUUGAGUUGUUUAACUGUAGAUGGAAAAGUGAGGUACCUUUCCACGACUAGCAAAAAGGAAUUUAUAGAGGGAAUCAAGGUUUCACUUUCAACUGAAGCUGCAGCUCCCAUUUCUAGUUUGGAUUAUGAUGUUCUGCAAUUGAUUUGGACAGCAGAAAGGCUUCAGCAACAAAUUUCCGUGAUUGAUCAGCGCUACAAAACGUCGAAAGAAUUGGCGUUGGCUUCAUUGAAGUCUGGAAACAAGAAAGCUGCCUUGAGGCAUGCAAGGGAAUUAAAAAUGGCAUCGGUUAGUGGAGAAAAGUGUGUUUCACUUUUAAACAGAGUGGAGCAAAUCCUUGAUGUUAUUGCUAAUGCAGAGUCCACCAGAAAGGUAUCUGAGGCCAUCCAACUGGGAGCUCAGGUGAUGAAGCAAAAUAAAAUAACAGUGGAGGAGGUUGAGCUAUGCUUAGAACAAGUUGAGGAGGCAAUCCAUUCAAAUAUGCAAGUUGAAAAAGCUCUAGAAUUGACUCCAUCUUACACUGGUAUUGAGGAUGAAGAUGUUGAAGAAGAGUUGGAGAAAUUAGAACUUGAUAUGAAAAGAGAACAUCAUAAUGUUCAAGUUCCAAUAGCAAAAGCGGGUACUGCAGAAUCCGCGGAUUCACUGAGCGAUGCUUUGUCAAAUAUCAAGCUUCAGGAUGUUCCAGCCGAGGAAGGUGCAAGUCAGGGUUUGGCAGCAUUGAAGCAAAUGAGCAAAUCCCAAAGCAAAGCACUUGAAGCAGCGUAAUUUGAGCAUCACUGUUGUACUACGUGUAUAAGCUGUGUUCACUGUUCAGUUAUGCAUAUAAUAGUAGUUCUAGUUCUGCUAUGUUCUUAUCCAUUGUCUACCAUUAACGAGCUUGUAAAUUUUCAGUAUAGGACUAGUCUUAGACAUCAACAAUAUUAGUACCUUGAACAAGCUAUUGUAACACCAUUUCUUACGAGAGAUUGUAGCCAUCUUAAUUUGCAUAGAUUGAAAUCAUAGAUCAUGUCAGUCAGUCUCAGUCGAAGAACUAUCUUUUUUUGCCUUCAAUAUUCAAACUGAUACCAGCUCAACCGUGGAUUCAUAAGCGGGCAUUCUCUAAAUCUCAAGCUUUAGCAUGUUCCAGCCAUGGAUGGUGUGGAAUCAGGGUUCUGCUGCCUUGAAGAGGAUGAACAAAUACCAAAGCUUAAC